UGUAAAGAUAGGUAAUUUUGUUUUGUAUGUAUAUAUACACAGGUACAAGAACAGUAGUAUAGCAACUCUUAUCACAUACGUGUAUCGGUAUGAGUGAAUCACCGGUUUAUACUGAUAUGUAUUGCCUUUUUAAUCAAGGUAAAUUUGACUGAUUGGAUUUUCGGUCAAAGCUCGCUGGCUAUCUCGGGAAGCCAUCUUGAAUCAUUCAUCUGUGACCGAUAUACGUGAUAGAUAUACGAUGAAGAACAUGGCCGAGAUACCAGACAAUGUUGAAAUUCGGACGAGAGAGAUGCAUACGGCCGGGGAACCAUUGAGGGUGGUAGAGUCUGGCUUCCCCUCCCCUCGGGGUGAUACCAUACUCGACAAAAUCCGCUACACCCGGGAACAUCUCGACCCUUACAGAAAGUUGUUGAUGUAUGAGCCACGCGGUCACUACGACAUGUAUGGAGCGUUGUUAGUACCAGCCGAUAACAAGGACGCCGACAUAGCUACCAUCUUCAUGCACAACGAGGGGUACAGUACGAUGUGUGGACACGCGGUUGUCGCCCUUGGACGGUACGCCGUGGAUACAGGACUUGUCAGGAACCCCUCUAGUCUGGAGACGCGCGUGGCUAUCCAGUGUCCAUGUGGACUGGUGGAGGCGUUUGUGGAGUACAAGGACGGCAAGACCGGAAACGUCCGAUUUAACAGUGUCCCGGCUUUUGUCUUCGCUACAGAUGUGGCUGUAGAUGUCCCAGGGUACGGUCACGUGACAGUAGACAUCGUGUACGGAGGAGCGUUCUACGCCUUCGUAGCGGACAGUCAGUACAAAUUCCGGCUGGAGGAGGCUUCCAUACAAGAUGUCAGGAACGCUGCGGGGGCUACUACAGAUGGCCUAAGAAAGCAGCUUAAACUGAGUCACCCAGAGAGUGAUGACCUCGCCUUUCUGUACGGAACCAUUGUUACGGACGGACAAGACGGACAAGACGGAUGCAGUGAUACACCGUCAUCUAAUGUGUGUGUUUUCGCGGAAAGACAGAUUGACAGGUCACCGUGCGGUUCCGGAGUGACGGCCAGAAUCGCUAGGCAGUAUCAUAAAAAAUAUAUCAAACUUGGACAAGCCAAACAGUUUCUGGGGCCAUCCAAAGCCAAGUUCAAGGCUAAGGCUAUAAAGGAAGUGACGUAUGGUGGAUACAAGGCAGUGGUGGUAGAGGUGUCCGGUAAGGGGCACUACUGUGGUUCCUCAACCUUUUCCUUGGAGGAAGAUGAUGUCAUAGGGCGCGGGUUUCUACUGCAGUAGUAUCCACAACACAUGUAGGUUCCUUAAUUUCAGUAUUGAUCAGUAAUGUUUUCAACUGUAAACGAGGUUGAAUCUUGACAAAUUGCACACACUUUAGCUGACAAACUUUAUGUUACAAAAGUGCGAGGUAAAUUUUAAGGGUCAAGACUGCUUCAAUUGUAAAUAUUAACAGUCUAAUUGGAAAAUUGCGUUUACUUGAAUACCGCUAAACAGAUCUAUAUUAUUUAAAUGUUGUAAUAAUUUCAUAAAAAAAAAAGAAUUAAUCGAUAACUUAUGGAGUCUUAAAUGACCAAUGGAUCAGCACGUGACUUCCAUUAGCAAACGCAUAAGCGAAUGCCUUAGUGCCUGACAGAUUCCGCAUAGUUAUAAUGAUAAGAUUGUACUUGUAUUUAGAAUUGAAUAGAUUGUUGCAUUUUAUCACAAAACUUUCAAGAUUU